AGACGUUGAUGCCUGAACCGCAUCAAACCAUAAGAUCCUUUUACUACAAACAUCAUAUUCAACACUUUCCGUUACAACAGUACGGAAAUUCCCGUUUAUUUGCAAUACCCAAACGAAACAAACCCGUAGCGUAACAACGUUGCUUUCUUGCUACUUGAAAUGGCAGAAAAGAAGCAACCUUCUCAUAAACAAUAUCAGAAACACAUUUAAAUCACACUCACUACACUACUCUUUACUUUCUCCCCAUUUUCCAUUCUCUUUCUUUCUCUCCUUUUUCCCUCCAUCACUUCCUCCCAAACCAUUUCAUAUUUCCCAAACCCGGUUCGGUUCGGUUCAACUGCAUCAUGGAGCAAACCGCGUUUGAAUCCAUUCAAUUCAACGAAGAAAUUCAGGGAAUCAUGGCGCCGGCGUCGGAAACCGCCAGCUCUUUCACCGCACUUCUCGAACUCCCACCGACGCAGGUCGUCGAGCUUCUCCACUCUCCGGAACUCACCGGAAAACCGCCUCGCCACGUCAUUAGCCCGAAACCCUAUCCCCUAACUUGUAACACGGAUGAUUUGAUUUUCCCUUCCAACACCGCGUUGGUCGAACGCGCCGCGAGAUUCUCCGUGUUCGCCGGUGAGAAUUUAGCUAACUCGCCUUUGCCGGAAGUGAAAAGCGAGCUACCGGAAAUCGAGGAAGGUGGAUGCAUCUCCGAUCGCACAGUCGAGAACAAGAAUUCCAAACACGCUAAGAGGAAGGAGCGAGAGAAGAAGGUGAAAGUAUCUUCCAAGAAAAGCAAAACCGUCGCCGCCGACGAGAAUUCCGGCAACGGCGAGGAACUUCCGUAUGUUCAUGUACGAGUUCGUCGAGGUCAGGCCACUGAUAGCCAUAGUUUAGCAGAAAGGAUAUCAGGAACGGCAUUGGUUUUGGAUAAAAUCAUCAACCAUGUGCAAUCUCUACAGCAUGAAGUAGAGAUUUUAUCGAUGAAACUUGCAGCAGUUAAUCCAAUAAUUGAUUUCAACCUUGACAGCAUAUUGGCCACAGAAGGAGUGUCUCUCAUGGACAGUAACUUCCCUACCGCAGUUGCACCCAUUGUGUGGCCAGAAAUCCCACACAAUGGAAACAGACAGCAAUUUCAGCAACCAUGGCAGUCUGAAGCAUUCCACCAACCACUUUGGGGGAGAGAAGAAAACACCCCUAAUUUCAUGACCCCAGAAAACUCACUAUUGAGUUAUGACUCAUCGGCAAAUUCAGUAUCUCUGCACUCAAAUCAGAUGAAGAUGGAGCUAUGAAGAGGUACAGAAGCAGUGGGACUAGUAGCAAUUAGACUAGUAGUGUAUAUAACAAAUAUAGUUUUAGAAAUUAGCCUUGAUUUGAGGAUGCCCAACAUUCAGCAGGAUUUCAUAUUGUCCUCUGUUUGUCAGAGUCGGUUGGAAAACCUGGAUUUUAUUCAGCCAGCAGGCUAGCAAGGAAGAAGAAUUCUAAUGCUAUUAUCAUAUAAUAUAUUAAUUAAUAUCAGUGUGUAUACUAACUAUAGUGGUCAUUCAAUCUUAGGUGAGUGAUUGGUUCAGAUUGUAUAAUCAUUGAACAGACUGUUAAUUACUGAACUGUAUUUGAAGUUUGUUGCUUUGUUCGCCGAAUUUUGUUGCUUUGAAGUUUGUUGCUUUGGUCCUCAUUGAACAAUCUUAUUUUAUUUUGCAUUA